AUGGUUCACAGAACAGUUGUCAAAUGUUAUUCCAUUUUCUGGGUUACACAAGGCAACCCAAUACGCAAAAAUUUAGUUGUUGGCGAAUCUCAACUCGAGAUUGCCAUACAGGUCAGCCCAUUCGAAAGUGCAAUGAAUAGGCCUCGCCAUAGGAACGCCGCCUUGAUGAUCGCGGAGUGUCCCCAACCAGGUAAGUUUAUGAGUCGCCCACUCGCUAACAUAUAAAUGUGUGUGCAGCCAGACAUCUCGCUGGCUAUGCGGAAUGCUAUGUUUUGUAUGCGAGUGGGCGGAGUCAGGAAAAGGAAAAGGGAAAGAAAAGGAAAGCAUUUUGUUUAUUUAUGUUUUUUUGAACGCAAAAGGGUGGAAAAUUAUGGAAAAAAUUCUGGAAACGGCGAAAACUGUAUUGGGUAAAAAAUAUUCAGUGAAAUAAUGAAAAUUCAAAUAAAUCUGAUUUUUAGAGCUAAAAAUCCUUUUUGAAACAAUGUGAGCUCAAGCCCAAAGUUAUCGAAUUAAUUGAUACGGUAAAAGAUAAAAAUACAGUACAAUUUCUAGAUUUAGAAAUUAUUAAUUCAAGAGAAGAAAUUCAUACAAGACUAUACAAUAAAAUAGAUGAUUACACAUUUGAGAUACCCAAAAGCGGAAAGUUAUAUGCCCAAAAAAAUCGCAAUAAAUACAACAUACACCGAACUUUUCGACUCUCACUAUUAUGAUUCUUCACCUAGUAUUAAGGCCCUAAUUGUUCAAUUUGUAAAAAUGCAGAUCCCCUUAUUUCUAUUGUUCAAAAUAUCCAAGAAGCCUCAAAAAAUGCUUUUCCUAAAAGUACACCUCAUCUCUCUCCAUUAUUUUCUCUCACUCAUUUUCCUUCUGCUUUUCCUUCUUCUAUACAAAUGGUCAGUUUUUUUCUUGUUCAGUCAAAACAUUUCGAAAUUUCAUCCCAUGGGAAUCAAAUGGCGUAUUAUCUGUCUUUUCCCCUCCUUCUUGCCAUUUUCCCUCAAUUUUUCUUCACACCAAAAGUUUCCUCUUCAAAAAAAGUAUGGAAAAAGUUCUGCGAACUCUAAAUUUGGCCAAUUUUCGUGUUCAUUUUUUAAAUGUGAAUGUGUAUAUGACAAGUCUGAAAUUGACAUUUUUAAAGCUAGCGAGCUCAUAUUUUUCAUGAACCCAGAGAAUCCAAUACUAUAUAGAAUAUCUCAUUUUUCAUUCUUCUGCUCUACGAUAAUAAUAAAUCACAAACCUUUUUAUUCUCGCGCAUAUCCUUAUUUUUUCCCAUUUUUCUAUAAGAAUUGGUCCUUACUAGUAAAACGUCAUUCACUGAAUAAAUGUAUUAUGUGUGUGUGUGUAAAUACUCGAAUUUCUUCUCUUCUUCUUCGUAGUCGGUGAGAAAACCAAGAUUCUCUUUUUUGUCUUCGAUUCAUGAAUAUUUUUGGUGGAGGUAGAAAAUUCGGAAGUUCUUUUACUUAAAAGUUCAGGCGAAUCUUUCGGCUGGUUUGAAAUUUAUUUCCCCUAGAACAUUUUGUUCGAGAAUUUCAAAUGUUGGUCCCAGUAACCUUCAUCGGUUUCAGGUUUUUGGUAGAUGGAUUUAAUGAAAUCAGGUUCCGAGUUUUUAAAGAUAAUAAUUUUAAAAUUAAAAUUUGUAAGGAAGUAAAAAUAGAGAAAUCAUUUCAAAACUAAAUUGUAGUUUAGAACAACUAGGAAAAAAAUGAAUCCAUGUUUUUUGUUUAAUUUCUUAUUAUCGAAAUGAGAUUUUACAUUUUUCUGAAAUUCAGCGACGUUUUUCGGAAGUUCGCAAGUUCCGGCAAAUCUUCCGGGUUGAACUUUUGCAAUCAGUUGGUUUGCAAACUUUUUUGAAAGAGUUCAAUUUAUUUUGGAACCUUUUUCUAAAAUUCUAAAUUUUAACCGGAAUUUAUGUUUCAGAAUUUUACAAGAAAUUUUGGAUGGUUUUCGAAAAUUUGGAGGCUCAUAGUUUCUUAGAACUUACAAAACGUUUUCAGAAGUCAAAAAAUUGAUUCAUAGUCAAAGCUGAAUUGUAGUUUUGGUUUGAGAAAAACUAGAGAGAAUGUAUUCUUUUUAGAAGCUUAAAAAUUACCAAAAAAAAAUUCUGUCCUUUUUUCCCAAUAAUAGUACAUCUCCGUUUUCCUGCCAAAAGUCCAGCUCGUUAAAAAAACCAACAUUUUCCUUUUCUUUUUUUGAUUUGAUAAUUGUAUUCCUUCUUUUUUCUUUUUCUCAAUUUCUUCUCACAUUUUAGUAGUCCUAUUUUUCCUUAUUUCAUCCGAAAAAAAUAGCAGGCGAAAAAAAAUUCGUUUCCAUGAAAACUCUAUUUCGUCUAACUCCACUUGAGAUUGAAUAAAAAAAGAAGCUGAAGUUAGCGCGCUAUACAAAAUUUUUGCUCAUUUUUGCUCAUUUUUUCGUUUUUUCGAGAAAAGCUCGAAUUUCGAUACUUAUUAAAAUUUCAUGAGGAGAAAAAACGGAAUAAUGUGUUUUUUGGAACGAGUCGCAAAAAAAAACGACGACCCAUUUUUAAUCCUUUUUUCUUUUCUCAUAAAUCAUUUAACCACGCCUACGACACCUCUUCUUAUUCUUUUUUAUGGCUAUUUUUGCACUUUUUCUCAAUCUGAUGUGAGUUAGCCUAACUCUAAUAUUCUAAUAUUUUUUGCAGAAAGAAUACAAAAUGGGUUUGGAAAUGUUUCAAAUGCAUAAUAAAAUAUUGACAAGUUUGGAUGGGCGAAUGAAAGAAACGAAUCAGAGAAUUUUGAUUGGUUUAGGUGUUGCUUGUAUUUAUUUAUUUAUUGGUGCUAUUGUUUUUGUGAGGUAAUUUUUGGGGAUUUUUCCAUAUUUGGAAAACUUAUAAAGGAGUUUCAAGAAGUCGGUUAAAAAUUUGGAAUGUUCUGAAAAUUUUACACCGACAGGAUAAUUUCUUUCAAAUCUAGAAUAAACUGAUCUUUCGAAUCUCCCGGAAUACACUUCUUUUAAAUCUCAUUAAGACAUCAAUCAAAGUUUUUUAUUCGAAAAAAUCAGAUUCAGUUUUUUUUUUCGCAAAACCCUUGCGAGUCCAGCUUACUAAUCUAAUUUUAAAAUUUCAAAGUUCUGUAAAUGUUUUCUGAUCAUUGAAACAACACAAUUUUGUUUGGAGAUUUUCGGCUAACAAUAAAAAAGAAACAAAUUCUGGUGAUUUGUAUUCUGAAAUGCACUGAUAAGCUUACACUUUAUAGUUUCGAUACUACAAAAAGGAGAUUUGAAAAUUUUUCGAAAUUUGGCCUAACUUCGUUGUUCAGAAGAAACUAUUUCAGAAAAUCUGAAACUUUAAGAAAUUCGAGAAUUAAACAUAAACAUUCUCAAAAUUUUUCAGAUUAGAAUAUCCGUUGGAAAAAAUCGAACGAGAAGCAUAUCUGGAUUAUCAGAAUCAAUGGCGACAACGACUUUUAGCAUUAGAAAUUGAUGGUAAGUUUUUUUACUAGUAUUCCAUUGAAAAUGCUCUAAAUUUCGUUUUUUCUUACUAGUUUUUACUUAUUUAUAAAUGUCUUGUUUUUUGCUCAAUUCAUUCAAAAAAAUAGAUAAGAUAACAAAAAAGUAUUUUGUGCAUCAUUUUUCGAUGUGUUUGUGGUGGUCUUGUAAUUCACAACAACAUCGAUUUUAUCGUCUAAAUCGAGCCAUUUUCUUGGGCCUAAUAUUCAUUGCUUUUUAUCUUGUUGUUGGUGCAAGACUUAUUCAGCUUCUUGAAAUUUCGAAUGAUUUAAAAGCUCGUGAUCGAUUUCAAAAAGAAUUGCGAAAUUUUAUGAUUAGAAAUAAUGUGAAUCGUGGGUGGAAUUUCAUUUUCCCCCCAAAACUUGUUAAAUCAUAAAUCAAGUUUUUGCAGAAUCUGAAAUUGAUAAAUUAUUUGUGAAUAUUCGAGAUGCCGCAUUAAAUGGAAUAUGGAUGGAUCGAAAUUUAACUAGCGAUCCAAAUUGGACAUUUGGACAAGCCUUUUUCUUUGCUGGAACAUUGAUAAGUACUGUAGGAUAUGGAAGGGUCUCACCACGAACUGAACAUGGAAAAUUGUUUACCAUUUUUUAUUGUGUUAUAGGUGAGUUGUUUUUAGAAAAAGAUAUGACCUCUUACUCAGAGAUUCGCUGGCCAGCUCGCCACCAGGUGGGGAGGCUGGCUGACCUGGAAACCGCAUGGAAACCAUGUCGCCCGGUUUUUUUCACUGGCAAGGUGGCCAGGCUCUGGCUAGGUCACGGUCACAUGGCUACCAUGUGGUGGCCACUUCGCCGCGUCAAAAUGAAUUUUCAUGAAAAUGUCUGAAAAACUUGUGAAUUGAGGCAUUUUCGAAAAAUUUGGCUCAUUUUCUGUUUUUUCGCAGCACUUGAAACCUUAGGAAGUGAAAAAAACAGUAGAAAAUGCAGUGUUUUGAGUACAAACCACUGUCUUGCCAGCUUUCCAGCAUUUCAAACACACAGGCCACGUCGCCGGAAAACUCAAGGCGACCUGGCGGCCAUGUGGUUUCCAGGUGGCCGCAGCGAUCUGGUGGCGAGCUGGCCAGCAAAUCUCUGAGUAAUUGCAAGUUGAAAAAAAAGUGAAUUUUGAAAAAUUAGAUUCCAUACGGAAUUCUGAUUUUAAAAAUUUAUUGAACGAUUUUUUUGCAGAGCAAAAAUUCGAACACUAAUAAAUAACUUUUUUUGGAAGGUACAAAAUUCCUAAUCAACUUAUUUCAAAUUGCCAAGAUAUAUUUCAAGCAACAAUUUUCAAUUUUCUAGGCAUUCCCCUAACUUUGGCUCUUCUCUCGGCAAUUGUCGCUCGAAUGCGUGAACCAUCUCACAAACUUCGUGGACUUCUCAAUCAAAAAUUCGGUCAUCUUUUCACCAACAAUCAUAUUCAAUUUAUUCACGUCGGUUGUGUUUUGGCAGCUCUUCUUGUUUUCGUUUUUGCAAUUCCCGCUUGGAUUUUCUCAUCAAUCGAAGACGAUUGGACAUAUUUAGAUGCAUUUUAUUAUUGUUUUGUCUCGCUGACAACUAUUGGUUUGGGUGAUUUCGAACCAGGCGAUAAUCCGGAUCAAAAUUUCCGAGGAUUGUAUAAAAUUAUGGCCACAGGUUAGAGAAUUGAGGACUGUUGAAGUUUGUUGAAAAAACUUCACAACCUCUUAUAACUUAUUCUAAUUUUUAAAAAAUGAUUUCAGUAUAUUUGAUGUGUGGACUUUGUUGUAUGAUGCUGUUCCUUGGAACAUUAUACGAUAUUCCACAAUUCAAUCUAACUUCAUUCUUCGUAAAAUCAGAUGAAGAAAUGAGAAUAAACGAGGAAGAUGGAGGAAAAUAUGGACAACUUGGAACUGAAACUGUAGUUGAAAAUGGCUUUUAUGGAAGCACUCAUUAA